AGAAAUUCGUAACCAAAACAAACGACAAAAAAACUAUACAAUGAAAAGUUAUCGCAAAUUUUAGUUAAUUUACUAAAUUCCUCGUGUAUUUUAUUCCAAAUAACGAAGUAAAAUGCUGAUAGUACAACUUAAAAGGUGAAUAAGUUUAUUUCUUGUGCAAGUGUUCAACAUAAGGCCCGAACGGCUUAUCAUUCCGAUGGCGUGGAAAAGUUUUUCGUAGGAGGCGCUGGCCGUAGAACUACCGUAGUUUGCCAUAUUCACAGUACAAAUAAGAAAAAACCGGGCUGCAACGAGAUGCCGUUCCGAGAUUGGAAGAUUGUCCGGAUAGUCACCGGGAUUGCGAUGCGAAUCUGGGCAGCAAGUGGUGCUGCGCUUUUGGCCGCCUUCGUCAUCUACAUUGUGUACGGAGGAUUUGUCGCGUUCCUGCUGUUGCUUUUCGCCGUUUCGGGGAUCUUGUACCACGCCCAGGACAACCUCCUUUACCAUCCGGAUUUGCCUACCAAUUCGAGGAUAUUCGUUCCGGUUCCAUCGAUGCACGGGUUGCCUUAUGAAUCGUUGCACAUCAAGACUAGAGAUGGGGUCACGCUGCACUCGUUCUGGAUUCGACAUCCUGGAGACAAAGGUCGAUACGUUCCGACAAUUGUAUAUUUUCAUGGGAACGCCGGAAAUAUGGGCCACCGGUUGCAAAACGCCAGCGGGUUCUAUCAUACGCUACAGUGCAAUGUCUUGAUGGUGGAAUAUCGUGGAUAUGGUCUUUCAAACGGGACUGCCAGCGAACGGAGUUUCUUCUCAGAUGCAAGAACUGUUGUCGACCAUUUGUGCGGUCGCCAUGACCUGGAUCACAGUCAGUUGAUUCUGUUCGGACGGUCACUUGGCGGGGCGGUUACCAUCGACGUGGCAGCAGACGCCGUUUACGGAUCCAAACUGAUGGGAGUUAUAGUUGAAAAUACCUUCACCAGUAUUCCCGACAUGGCCGUGGAGUUGAUUCACCCUUGCAUCCGUUAUUUGCCGUACUUUUGCUACAGGAAUAAGUUUCUUUCGGUGCACAAGAUUCAGUUCAUCUCCGCCCCGAUACUGUUCGUUUCUGGCCUCGCGGAUACCUUAGUGCCUCCGAAAAUGAUGACCAUGCUGCACACGCGCUGCGGUAGUACCCGGAAGAACAUGCUGCAGGUAGUGGGAGGAUCGCACAACGACACGUGGGCCGUUAAUGGCUAUUAUCAAGGCAUAGCACAUUUCCUAACAGAAUGUAGGGAAACCAAAGGCCCAUUGCAGACGCCACCUGUUAGUCAGAACGUAUGGCCCCAAAUUGAGGAAGUGUAGAUACAAAAAAGUCCAUGCAGAAUUUGGCUGUGUUAUGCUCGAGAGAAAAGAAUGCCCCAGUGCCAGUGUGCUAGCGAACCGUAGUGAAUGAGAAGCAUACUAGUGACAAAUGACUAGGAUUGUAGAAAAAAAGUAACACCCACAAACGAAAUAAAAUUACAGUGCAAGCUCUAACAAUGAAACGGAGAAAAUACCUAAACAAACAGAAAACAAUAAGCUGUUAAAAAUUUUAAGAAUUAGCAUAAUAAUGACAUUAAGAUAAUAAAUUAGCACGAAGGAAAAAA